AUGGCAUCAGCAUUCCAGCGAGGUAUACCAAGAAUUAGAACCAGGAAAACACACGUCGUCGCAUUCCAAGAUCAUGCCGGAAAUCCAGCUCUCACGGUCUUUCGCGGCGAACAGGACAAUCCUUUACCCCGCCUUUACAGCUAUUCCAUCUACUUCACGCACCCCGAAGCAGACCCUGGCGAUACUGAUAGCGCAAGAAAGCUAUACGAAACAAUCACGCAAGGUCCUCGCUACAAUACAAAUUCUGUCGUCUUUCGUUUGGACCUGUACUUCAUUCCUAAUGGCACCCAGGACGAUUGUAUUCGGCAUUAUCGCGCAGAAAAAAAUGCUCGAGGCGAUUUCAAGGUGCAAAUUGAUGCUGUUGUAAGAGAUAGUACAGGCAAAAUUAGUGGUGUAUCGAAGAUGCCUGGAUUGGUCUCAUCUUAUAUUUACGACAAGAUAGCCCAUCGUUAUCAUAGCCUUAUCUACGUAAGCAGCGAGGCCAAUUGGCAGACUGGAGAUCAAACAAUGGUACGAGUCGAGUUCGACCCACUCUCAAAGGGGGAGUAUGAGAAAUAUAGUAAAGACCCAGGAGACCCCAGGGAGCCCAGCGAACUUCCAGAGACACAUAUUGAAGUGGAAGCUCUCAAUGAUAGCAGUCCAGGAUUUGGCCGAGAAACUGGACCUGGGCGUUCUGUGGGCUCUAUGGGGUAUGAAAUGUGGGAUAGAGCUCCACGUGAACAUAUGGGCGAGGAGGCUUGGGAAGAGGCUCGGGAUAAGGGAUGGAAUAGCUGGUGA